AUGACAUUGGCGGUCAACCAUUCCCCAUUACCAGGGAAGACCAAGGGCACUUUCGGGUCCAUGCAUACAACUUCAGUAUUGCCGUCCUUUGCCAUCAAAGAUGCUGCGGAGCAGAUCUGGUGGGAUAAAACAGCACCACUCUUGUCAAAGGUGCUGGAGUCCGCUGAGUACAGCAUCCAAGACCAGUAUCUGUAUAUGAUGCUGUACAGGACUGUCCUGCUUCCACGGCUCGGUCCGCAUCCGCAUACUUGGGACUCCUUCAUAACCUACUCCGGUAUCCCAGUCGAGUUCAGUAUCAACUUCCAGAACCAUGGGCCUCCCACAGCUCGUAUUGGGUGGGAACCUGUGAGCCACGAGUCAGCCACUGAUGCAGACCCCCUCAAUCUUACUACCAUCAAUUGUGCCAUCACUACAAUGAGCCAGCUUAAUCUUAAGGGUUUCGAUACUAAGCUCUUGAAUCAUAUGAUCAAAGCUCUCACCUCGACCACCGAAGAGGCCUCUGCUGUUGGGCGUGAGCAAUUGUACAUGCUCAGAAUGAAGAACCAAGUAUCAUUUGGACUGGACUUGAAAGGCGGAGAAGUCUCUGUUAAAUGUUACUUGUAUCCAUCUUUGAAAUCACAUCUGACUGGUCAAUCAUUCCGGAAAAUCGUGGACAGUGCCGUGGAAUCUCUCGGCAGUCAGGUUUCCUAUCCUGCGUUGGGCACGAUCCACGAGUACCUCGAAGGGGCAGGGAUGUACAACCGGUACUCUUUCAUUGGAAUAGACUGCACCACUAUGUCAAAGUCUCGACUCAAGAUAUAUAACACAGUUCAAGAUGUCACAUGGGCGAAGCUUCGGGACGUAUGGACUUUGGGUGGUCGCUUUGAAUCUCAUGCCACCACACAACGCGGACUGGAGUUUGUUGAGAAAUUCUGGAGACUUCUCACUCUGGAAAAAGACAAUAUGGCCGUUGGUAUUUGGAACUACGAGCUGGCGCCUGGUUCUACUGAUUUCCCUAACCCUAAGUAUUACUUCAUCAUGCAUGGCAUGAGCGACAUGGAGAAUGCUCAGGCGAUUGUGAAGCUCUACGAGUAUCUUGGGUGGAAUGAAAAGGCCGCAACAUUUAUCGACUCGGUGAAAGGUUACUUUCCUACUUUUGAAUCUGGAGUGACGUCCAACCUCAUUCAAUAUGUUUCCUUGGCUUAUUCGGAGAAGACUGGGGUUUACCUGAGUGUUUACUUCCACAGCUCGCUCUAG